AUGACUGGCCUUGUGCAUACCGGCGUGGGACUCUUCGCUGCCAUGUCGACUCUGCUCGCCACGACACACGCAGCUCCACUGACACCUAGGCAGGCCACCUGUGGUUUGACAGGGAAGCCUUCAGGCAAGGUCCUUCAGGGGUACUGGGAGAACUGGGACGGUGCAAGCAAUGGUGUCCAUCCUGGUCUGGGCUGGAUCCCCAUCAAUGACGCUCGCAUCAAGCAACACGGCUACAAUGUGAUCAUGGCCGCCUUCCCCAUCAUCUACCCCGACGGCACCGUUCUGUGGGAGGACGGCAUGGACAGAAACGUCAAGGUCUCGACGCCCGAGGAGAUGUGCGACGCCAAGGCAGCCGGUUCGUCCCUGCUCAUGUCCAUUGGGGGCGCGACGGCCGCUGUCGACCUCAGCUCGUCCGCCGUGGCUGACAAGUUCAUCUCCACGAUUGUCCCGAUUCUGCAAAGGUACAACUUUGACGGCAUAGACAUUGACAUUGAGGCCGGCCUGACGGGCAGCGGCGACAUCAAUCGCCUGUCCACAAGCCAGGCCAACCUCAUCCGCAUCAUCGACGGCGUCCUCGCGGCCAUGCCCGCCGACUUUGGCCUCACCAUGGCCCCCGAGACGGCGUACGUGACGGGCGGCAGCGUGGUAUACGGCUCCAUCUGGGGCGCCUAUCUCCCCAUUAUCAAAAAGUACACGGACAGCGGACGUCUCUGGUGGCUGAACAUGCAGUACUACAACGGCGAGAUGUACGGCUGCCACGGCGACGCGUACCCGCGCGGCACCGUCGAGGGCUUCGUCGCGCAGACGGACUGCCUGCACCGCGGGCUCACCAUCCAGGGGACGACGAUCCAGCUGCCGUACGAGAUGCAGGUGCCUGGUCUGCCUGCGCAGGAGGGCGCGGGCAGCGGGUACAUGACGCCCUCGCUGGUCGGACAGGCCCUGGGCCACUACGGCGGCCAGCUCAAGGGGUUGAUGACCUGGUCGAUCAACUGGGAUGGUUCCAAGGGGUGGACGUUUGGCGACAAUGUCAAGGCGAAGCUUGGGUUGUGA